AUUGAAAACCAGACAAGCGUCAAACUGAUUAACACUAAUUACCGGAAGUCACGUGACACGCCCCCUGCGCCAUAGAAAAAGUUGGUUUGAAAUAUUUGGAGCGGAAAAGUUAAAAUAUACAGUACAUUUAAAAAAAAAAAAAAAAAGGAAACUACGAGGAGAUGAAUUGUAAGUAUGUAAAAAUAACUUUGAUUUGGUUCCUCGUGGACCUGAUGGCGCAGCGCUGCUGCGUCUCCAGCCAGCAGGUGAGGAAGAACUCACGUGGGCACAAGACCCACCUGGCCUUACCGACAGUCAGCUGCUCUGUCCGUGGGAUCAGGGCUGUGUUCGGCCCGUUGGUCAAAGAGAACCUGCAUGUUACAGGGCAGCAGAGUGGUCGUCUCUUUGCUGGCUCAACUGACCACCGGAGAGGAUCGGUGGAUCAGAGUAAACAUCAGCUGUCCUCUGGUAAAAAGAAGAAAUCAGAAGAGUCAGCCAACACCAUUCCCUGGAGACUGUGACACCGACAAAUCUCUCCGGAUAGACUGCGGCCACCGGAGCAUCUCCAGUGACUCCUGCAUCAAACUGGGAUGCUGUUACGACUUUCGUGCUGCAAACUGCUAUUAUCGACUCAAUGCUUGCUCUCUGGAUGGACAUUUUGUGUUCUCCGUGAAGGCCACAGACACGCACCCACCCAUUGAUCCUAGCAGCCUCGUCAUCAAAGAUCAGCCUCAUUGUUUACCUGCAGUCUCAACCCCAGAGACGGCCAUCUUCAAGAUAGGAGUCAUGGACUGUGGGGCGAAGAUGAAGGCAGAUGGAGAUCUGGUGAUCUAUGAGGUUGAAGUGGAAGAGCAGAGCACGGAAAGUAAAAGACAGUCACCAUUUAGUCUCCAGGUCCAGUGUGAGUACGAAGAAUCGGAUCUUAAGCUUGCAAAAACCUUGAGGUCACUGUAUACAAUGACCAAUCCACCUUCAGUGGUUGCACAGGGAACCAUCAAGGUGCAGAUGAGGAUAGCUACAGAUGACUCAUUUUCAUCUUUUAUUCCUGAGGACAAGCUGCCGCUGACCUUACCGCUGCGUGAAACAGUAAAUGUGGAGGUUUCUAUCGCGGAGCCUUCCCCAGAUUCCAGCCUUUCCCUGCGUGUACGGGACUGCUUUGCCUAUCCCGUGUCUAAACACUCUGUGUGGACGCUUCUCCAUGACGGAUGUCCUAACCCUCAAGAUGAUAUGAAAAGCUCUGUUCCAUUGAGCAGCCAGUGGAAUACUACCAACCUGUCUCCGUUUAGGAGGUUUGAUGUGAAGACUUUUGCCUUUUUGGACCCCAAAACAGGCCAUCCUAGCAUGGAAGAAAUGUAUUUUUACUGCUGGGUGGAAAUCUGCACAAAUGAUGUCAAUUGUGCACAGAGCUGCACCAUCAUAUCAUCAGAAGAUGAAAGACAGAGAAGAGAUGUCCUCCCUGUGUCACACCAGCUCCAGCUGGUUUCCAUGGGGCCACUUAGACUGGUCCAAAACACCACUGAACUAUUGGACCGUUCAUCCGAGGAACAGAAACUGAUGUUUCAGGUGAUGGUGUGUGUCGUCUCAGGUGUCGGGGCCGCCCUGAUGCUCGUCCUGCUCUAUGUUCUGUGGACAGGCAUCAAGUGUCUGAGGACAAAAGAGCAGCAAGUGUCUGACGCACAAGUUCAUGAACAAGCUGAUUAAAAUAAAUUUCUUUCAUAAAA